AUGUCACCAAAAAAGACCCAGAAGAAGCCGAAGGCAGUAAAAGAGGUGGAACCACAGGCGCAAAAUGCUUCAGCAUCAACUAUCCUCUUGAAUGUUGGUAGAGCGGCAGCACUCCUCCUGGUUGCAGGUUUCGCAUCACCAGUUUCGCAGCUCAAUCUAUCACCGGUCUAUGGAUCAAUUCCUGCAUCCCUACAUCACCAACGCACGAUGACCCUCACUGCUGUUGGAGCUCUUAUCACGCGACGCGCUUUGAAGAGCUACGUAUCUGCAAAUGUCGCACAGUACAUCGCUGUAGUUGCGUACUGGACCCCCGUCAUUCAGUUUCUACUGUUUCCAUACAGCGGAAAGAUCGGUAUCGAAUAUGGACCUCUACUCAUCGAGUCCCUGACAUACUUUCCCCUGCUAUUCCUCUCAGUGUUCGCUGCGGCCGAUCUCCUGGAAUGCAUCGACAUCACUGGUAUCAACCCCUCGCCUAUCAAGGAGGUCAUUGUCCCUACGGCAUCCUACUUUACCGUGUCGACCGUGGCCAAGAUCAGCAGCGCUCUCAUCCCAAGCUUCAUCGGAACAUCCGUUUACUUUACACGCGUGGGUAUGCAGAUGCUGCUUGCGUCAGCAUCUGCCUUCUUUAGCCCAUCGCGUGUCAUCCUCUUCGCCUUCCCAGCAAUUCUGCACACGCUCUGGACAAACCCGCAUCACCCUUCAGCUCAUGGUCUCCAAUUAGCAAACUCCACGUUGCAAGCUACACAAAACUACACGCUUCUCGCUCGUCAGGAAUCUGUUACGGGAUAUGUAUCCGUCCUCGAGAACCACGCCGACAAUGCUUUCCGUCUCCUUCGAUGUGACCACUCUCUCCUUGGUGGCGAGUGGCAAGUCACACCGCAAGCUUAUGCUAAGGGUCAACGGCAACGGGAAUCCAUAUUCGCGGUCUUUGUCCUUCUCGAAGCUGUCCGUCUCAUCGAACCGCCAGUAGACACUCUACCUACUAUCGAUGAUAGCAAGAAGUCCGCUCUGGUAAUUGGUCUUGGUAUCGGCACGGCACCUAACGCCAUGAUCAAGCACGGCAUCAACACUACAAUUGUCGAACUUGACCCUGUAGUCCACCACUACGCCACGAAAUACUUUGAUCUGAGCCCCGAUCACACCGCCGUAAUCGACGACGCAACCGCCUACGUCGCGCGCAAAUCCGUAUCAACACCAGGCAGCUUCGACUACAUCAUUCACGACGUCUUCACUGGCGGCGCAGAACCUGUCUAUCUCUUCACCACAGAGUUCAUGCAAGGCCUCUACGACUUGUUGACACCAGAGGGUGUUGUAGCGAUCAACUACGCUGGUGACCUUACACUGGGUUCGACCAGACUAGUACUAAACACCAUUCACGCCAUCUUCCCUGCCUGCCGCCUCUUCCGCGAUUCUCCCGCACCAGAGGAACACAAAGAGGGUGAAGCUGAUUUCAUCAACAUGGUCAUUUUCUGCGUCAAGAACGAUCAUGGGCUAGGCAAAGCGGCUGUUAAGUUCCGUGAUGCGGUUCCAAAGGACUUCCUAGGUAGUAUUGCACGCACAAAUUUCCUUCAGCCGCAGAGGAAGUUGGAGGUCAAGUACGAUUUCGUCAGCAAGGAAGAUGGAGGUAGGGUUAUGGGUAACGCGGAUGUUGGCGAGUUGGAGAAGUUCCAUGAAGAUGGUGCGGUUAGUCAUUGGAAGAUUAUGAGGUCGGUGUUACCAGAGGGCGUGUGGGAGAUGUGGUAA